ACUAAGAUGAACAUUGAAAAUUCUGUCUAACCAACAACAAAAAAGUGAUCAGUAAUAAAUCAUUCAACACAUUGAUGUUACUAUUAUUUCUUAACCAUAAUAAUGUACCGGACGCCCACGCAUCACUUUUUUUCCACCCUACAAAUUAAUUGGUUAAUUUUUAAAGCACAUAAUGGUUGGUAUUGGUGAUGACACUGAUGUGUGUGUGCCUGUGCGUGUAUGCGUGUGCUGUGCUGUGCUAUGCUGUAGUAUGGUGUAGUGAGGUUUCUUUGGUGGGGGGAGGUCGGUUUUCAAAAAAGAAAAGACUCUGUUGUUUAUUAUCAUUUUUUAAUGAUUAUCAUUUAUUGUAGUGUGAACACAACAUGUGAAUAACUUUUCUGGAGAAAGAGAUGAUUUUUUUAAAAAUCGUAUGUCCUGGAUCUAAAAUACAAAAUUGUCGUCUGUUAUCUUAGUUUAUGACAGAAAAAAUCUUUUUUGGUUUUACAUAGAAACAAAUUACUAAUGGAAUAACUAAAUAUAAUUUAGUUACUAUGUACUUUAUUAAAUUCAAUGGAAGACCUUAUUUUAUCCAUCAUAUGCUUUACAUGAUAAGAGAACAAAGAACAACUAAUUGAAGUAUCCCAGUUUCUACGAAGAAGAAGCAGAAGAAGAAGAAGAACAUGAUGCAUCGUUCAAGAUCAAAUUCAUUACAUUCAAUUCUAGAAAUGAUUCUUUCAUUAUUAUUACUAAUGAUCUAUGGAAUUAUUAUCAUUUAUAGUAAACCAUUAGAUAUUGAAUCAGAUACACCAUUAACUAUAAGUUUUAAUCCAUCGUCUAAUCAAGUACAAUUAAAUCAACCAUUAAUAAUACGUUGUGAAGUUCAUUCAUUCAAUAAUAAGCAAUUAGAAGUCAAUAACAAUAAUAAUAAUAAUAUACUUAAUGGUUAUAGUAUGUUCUUUCAAUGUCCUAUAGCCCCAUGGGGUAAAUUUUGUUUUCAUAAUUGUCAAUCAGCAUGUGUUGGUGAAAUACCUAAUCAAUGUCCAUAUGAUAAUGAAUUAAGUCUUAUUAAAUGUCGUACUGCUAUGACUGAACAAGGUUAUUUAUUUUAUGAAUAUACAAUACCAAAUCUAACUGAAACAUGGUUAGGAUUAAAUCAUAAUAAUAAUGAUAAUAACACUUCAAUGGAUAAGGAUAAUCAUCGUAAUAAAAUAGGUUUCUCAUGUAAAACAACUGGAUUAGAAACACCAAGAAUUCCUUUAACUAUAGUUAAACCCAAUGAUAUUCAAUUGAAUACAAUGGAUCUAUCAAAGACGAAAACAUCAUCAUCAUCAUCUAAUUCUCAUUCAAUGAUAUCUCAUUUGAAUAAAACUAUAUCUAAUGAAUAUAAUACACAGAAAGAUGAAUCUAAUCCAUUGAAUAAUGGAAUGAAUCAAUCGAUUAAACGAAUCAAUUCUGAACUUAAAGCUGCUUUAACACGUGAAGUAAUAAAUAUUGAUGCAAUUAUUAUAGUGUUCAUCUCAGUUAUACUCAAUGUGUUCUGUUAUAUUCGGUGUGCAUUAUUUCGUCAAUAUUCAAAUUUGAAACUGUACUGCAUACAUGACGUUUACUCACAAUCGACAUCCUCAAUAAUAAUGCAACAGGUUUCUGAAUGCAUCACUUCCGGCGGCCAAACUUCAAGUUCUGUAUAA